CUUCUCAACCGCUAGCUGAGAAUUGUGGAAGACACAGUGACCUGCGCUAACGGUUAAUACGCACCUCUCAAGGCGUGCCCUCCCCGCCCCUCAGUCCCUUCCCUCUACCCCAGCCCCAAGGUAAGGAAGGGCCUGCUGUGAACUGCACCCGAAGCCUUCCAUCUGACUCCUGCUCCAAAGGACCUCUGCGAGCUCAAUCUUCACACCUAUCCCCCCUUUUGCCAAGAAGAGCAGAAAAUGGCUGAACCCCAAGGACUGUUGACUUUUGAGGACGUGGCUGUGGAUUUCACUGAGGAAGAGUGGCAGUACCUGAACUCUUCACAGAAGACUCUGUAUAGAAGUGUGAUGCUGGAGACCUAUAGCAACCUGAUCUCUGUGGUGGUGCAGCAGGUCACCAAACCAGACCUCAUCCUCAAUUUGGAGGUAGAAGAACCAUGCCCAGCAGAAGGAAGGACCCCAACUUGGAGCUUUCCAGAAGAACCCUGCCAAGUUGAUGAACAGAUUGAGAGACAGUGCCCGAAUGACCAAAAUAAAUACUUGUUGAUGCAAAUUGGAUUCCCAGACAAGAAUAUAAUAACCUCCACCAAGAGUAGCUAUCAGUAUAAUGAAUUUGGGAACACACUUCAUCUGAAUACAAACCUUAUUGCAUCCAUACAAAGACCCCACAGAUAUGAAUCUUUUGGAAAUAAUAUGGUAGAGAAUUUAGACUUAUUUGGUAGAAGCUCUGCAGGAAAGAAAUAUGAUAGUGGAUGUGCAAAAUCAUUCUUCCAUACUGAGUAUGAGAAAACAAAUCCUGGAGUGAAACCCUAUGGCUAUCGAGAGUGUGGGAAAUCUCUCAAGCGCAAGAAAGGUCUCAGUCUACAUCAGAGAAUUAAAAAUGGAGAGAAACCCUUUGAAUGUACUACAUGUAGGAAAACCUUCAGCAAGAAGUCACACCUCAUUGUACACUGGAGAACUCAUACGGGAGAGAAACCGUUUGGAUGUACUGAAUGUGGAAAAGCCUUUAGCCAGAAAUCUCAGCUCAUUAUACACCUGAGAACUCACACAGGAGAGCGACCUUUCGAGUGUCCUGAAUGUGGAAAAGCCUUCAGAGAAAAGUCAACAGUCAUCAUACAUUACAGGACUCAUACAGGAGAGAAACCUUAUGAAUGUAAUGAAUGUGGAAAAGCCUUCACUCAAAAGUCAAACCUCAUUGUCCAUCAGAAGACCCACACAGGUGAGAAAACUUAUGAAUGCACUAAAUGUGGGGAAUCUUUUAUACAGAAGCUUGAUCUAAUUAUACAUCAUAGUACCCAUACAGGAAAAAAACCUCAUGAAUGUAAUGAGUGUAAGAAAACUUUCAGUGAUAAGUCCACUCUCAUUAUACAUCAAAGAACACACACAGGAGAGAAACCUCACAAAUGUUCCGAAUGUGGGAAGUCUUUCAAUGAGAAGUCAACCCUCAUCGUGCAUCAGAGAACUCAUACAGGAGAGAAACCCUAUGAAUGUGAUGUGUGUGGAAAAACCUUUACUCAAAAGUCAAACCUAGGUGUACAUCAGAGAACUCAUUCCGGAGAGAAACCCUUUGAAUGUAAUGAAUGUGAGAAAGCAUUCUCUCAGAAAUCCUAUCUCAUGCUGCACCAGAGAGGUCAUACAGGAGAGAAGCCCUAUGAAUGCAAUGAAUGUGAAAAAGCGUUUUCCCAGAAAUCAUAUCUCAUUAUACAUCAAAGAACUCAUACAGAAGAAAAACCCUAUAAAUGUAAUGAAUGUGGCAAAGCCUUUAGAGAAAAGUCAAAGCUUAUUAUUCAUCAGAGAAUUCACACAGGAGAGAAGCCCUAUGAAUGCCCUGUAUGUUGGAAAGCUUUUAGCCAGAAAUCACAGCUCAUAAUCCAUCAAAGAACACACACAGGAGAGAAACCCUAUGCAUGCACUGAGUGUGGCAAAGCCUUCAGAGAAAAGUCAACUUUCACCGUACAUCAAAGAACUCACACUGGAGAGAAACCCUAUAAGUGUACAGAAUGUGGGAAAGCUUUUACCCAAAAAUCAAACCUUAUUGUACAUCAGCGAACACAUUCAGGAAAGAAAGCCCAUGGGAAAGGCCACACCCGGAAGUCAAAGCUCCUCACACACUAGAGAGUAAAUCAGCUGUGCCUGCAGUGUAUACUGAAGGAAAGUUUUUGUUAGUUAAUUUCUUUUUGUCAGUUAAUAUUUUUAAAGUAUGUUCUGAUUCUGUUUAAAAUAUGGGAGUAAAGUUAGCAUUUUUUCUCCCUCUUCAUCUCAGUAUUUACCCAAAAUCUACAGGGAGAAGAAGAAGUAUAAUCUCUGUAUAUAACAAAAAAGAGCUCACUGAAACACUGAUGAGUGGACUUUUAGAGGCAGAAGAAAUCAAGCACCAGUGCAAGACCACAGAGCACUGAAGGCUGCAGAUGUGAGGCAGCACUGGUGAGGACUCUUAGCUGAGGUUCAGAUGCAAGACCAUACAUAUGUGUACACAGCAACAGUGACAGAGGGCAUGGGCAGGGGGAGGUAAGAGGUUUCGUAGUCCCAUUUGACCUGAGGAGAGAAGUGUCAGGCCCUCAACGAGGAAUCACUCGUACAAGCCAUAUUUGCAGAGGUAGUUUCUUCUCAUGGAAGGGGGACUUGAUAGGGGCUGGGACAAGUGAAAGGAAAGUUCAUUGUGAAGAACCCUAUACAGCUGCCCCUGUUUACUGACUCUGGAGAAAUCAAAUCUGGAAAAACUACCAAAAAAGAAGGGAAAAUUCCAGUGGCAAGAAACACUCUAAUCUGCCCAGAAUGUGGCCCUAAUUUCUUCCCCCACAUGAGCCUCCUGCAAACAAGUCCAGGAAAAACUCAUUCAAAGAGUAAUGAUUCCAACAUAAUCAAAAUACACAGCUUUUGAGCCAGCCAUUCCACAUAAGGAAAUGUAUAGCCUCAUGCAUGUACAAAUCGAUGAACACAGAGGCAUGCACUGAUGCGCUGUUUGUGAAAACAAAAGAUUGGAAGCUGUCCAAAAGACAAACCCGGGAUCUGGUUCCCAAAAUCCUGGUACAUUCAUACAACAAACUCCUGUCUAGACAAAAUGAGUAAAAAUGUAAUCUGGACACCACUUGUGUAGUGAUGUGGGAUCAUCUCCAACAUACAUUAGAAGAGAAAACAAGAUUCAGGAUAGUGAGUGUAAUAUGCUACCGUUUGUACAUAGAAAGGAGAACAAAUGGAUAAAACAUAUUGAGUGUAUAUGCAUAAACUAUCUCUGGAAAGAUACACAAGAAGUUGGGGCCCUGGUUAUCUCUGGGAAAGGAUAAGGGAAGUGGGUGGCUGGGGGAAUGGAGUUGGAA